CUAACAAAAUAAAAUAUAAUUAUUUACAAUUAUCAUUAUAUUAUAAAAAAAAUGGAUAGUAAUUACAAUGCGAAUAUUUUAAAAUGGUUGCCAGUUCAGGGACCAAUUUUAGAAAAAUGGUUUAACGAUUCUUUGGAAUUGGAUGCAAUGCUCAGAAAACUUUCUUGGGAUAUUGUUUAUUAUGUGGAAAUUACAGUCAAUGACAAAGCUUGCGAUCAAGAGACUCUAACUAAUUUCGUAAAGAGAUUGGAGAAAUGCAUAGAAGAUUACAAAUCAAUUUGGAAAUCAGGAGAAACGUCCCAACCAGUUUAUAAAGCUAAAGUCCAACAUAUCAAAACAAGUUUAAAGCGAAAUUUAAAUGUGGUUGCUAAACUUAUCAGAAAUCUAAUUUAUGACAUAAUGGAUUUGAAAAAUGACGAAUUCUUAAGGAUUAUUUUCAGAUUAGUAAAUGCUUAUAAUAAAGCAUUGGAAUUAGAUCCAAACGUUUCAGAAGCUUCUAUAAAUAUUUUUUCCAACAAUUGUCCAUCAAUGUUGGAACCGUUGAAAAAAAUUUCUAUCACUCGAUUACUACAGAUUUUGGCAAAGAAUAAAGUUGAGGAAUAUUGUCAUGAAUUUAUCGAAUGUUUAUUGGCAAAUUAUCAAUGCAAUAUGGAUAAAGAGGAUACAAAAUCGACGGCCGAUGUUGAUUUAUCAGAAAAUUCUAGUAUCGAAAUCUAUCGUGCACUAACAAAACAUUUAGUGCCACCUAUUACGUGUUUGCCAACGCAGGAAAUGGAAAUAUCAAAUGUAGAAUCAGUUCAAAUUUUGGUAAACAUGCAAAAUGAAGAAAUUAAUCGAUUAAUGAAUAUCAUAAAAAUUAUAUCUCCUCAACUUUUUGGAUCUGAUGCUUUAAGAACAGUAAAUAAUGACGAAAAAAAGAUUCGAGUGGCUGCAAUGAAUAAAAUAAUAAAUUUUUAUCAAGAUGUUGCUUGGGGAUCAAUUUCGAGUAUAUUGGAUCAUGUAAUUUUGUGGUGGUCAUCAAAGGCAUUAGCAAUAAGUCACAGUCGUGGAGCUCAACAUUUUAAGGAUUGGUUGCAUCGUUUUUUAAAAAAAAAUCAGGUUCCAGCUACUGUGAAACCAACUCUUCAAAAUUUGUGUGAUACUUUGGGAUGUUUUGUGACUGUAACAGCUUGGGAUGAACGUUUCAGAAGAGCCUACACUAAAUCCUUUGCAUGCAAAUCUAAACCAUCAAGUGAAAUUUCCAAGGGAACAGAUACGGGUCACAAAUUUUUAGAUCUCUUCAAACUUUUAGUUGUAAAUAGUAAUGAAUGUGAAUCUAGCGGAGAAUGGGAAAUUGGAGCUCCAUUGGUACAACUUCCACUUUCUGAACAAAUUGUGGUUCUCCAUAGAUUGGAUCACUCGAUUCACACAAUGAGAUUGUGGUCAUUACAAGAAUCUAAAGAAAUUGCUCACACUUGGGAACUGAAUGUCUUUUUCCUUCUUGUAAAAGGCGAUGUGAUUAAUUGCAUUCAGGAGCUUCAAUGUUUAAAGCUUACUGAUCACACAACGACUUUAGAAACAGAGCCAAUAAGCGUUCAAGUUUACGUUUGUGCUAAAAUGAGAGCCAAAAUUGUUUCCGAAGUGAAAGUUAACAUUGAAUUGUUGCAGAGAGCGCCUUUAAAAUGUAUAGACACACUGGCAAUAAUUUGUCGUGUAAUUAGUCUCGCGAAUUUACAUAUGUGCUUCCCAAAACCAAAUUAUUGGCGAAAAAAUUGUCCUACAAUGCCAUCAGUGCCAAGUGUUUACGUCGAGACUUAUUUUAAAAAAGUACUUUUUCCAGUAUUAAAAGUGAUUGACAAUCACGAAGUUUCGAAUAUGAUUUUUCGAUUAAUGUGUGAGGCUUGGUUGGAUUAUAUUUAUUUGCAUCAAGUUAAAUUCAGUAAUUGGGGUGCUUGCCAACUUUUAACGGAUUUCGCGCACGUAUCAAAAUGGGUAAUUGACUGUUCUAUAAUUUCUGAAAAUGUACGGAAUCAUCUUCUAAAAAAUGAAGUUUUACGUCGUUGUGAAGGUGUUGGUCGGCUUCUUUUGCGACAUCCUGGAGAAGCCAUUGCCAUGAACAAGAAACCACCUCAAAAAAACAAUGAAAAUGGUUCUUUAGAAUCUUUGGGUUUAGAAAGAAUGCCCGCGGAAAUGUAUGUUCCCAAUCAAGAACAAUGGCUUGAACUUCGUGCUUCGAAAAAUUAUAAUUUUUGUUGUAAUGGUUAAAUCUUUUGUGACUAGGUGUUCAAAAAAACAUCAUAAAUGAAAAAAAUCAUUCUUGAAAAUUUUA